UUGCCAGAAGUGUCAGUGAGCACUCGACUUUUUCCUCUGGCGAAGUGGGUUUACUUGAACUUGAAGGAAAAAAAAUGUCUCCACUUCUGAAAAGCAUCUUCGAUAUCACUGAAGUUUUCAAUCAGUGUGCCUCACAUGACUGUGAUAGGGCAGCCCUAGCCAAGAAAAACCUGAAGAACCUUCUUGAAAGAGAAUUUGGAGAUGUCCUUCAGAGACCACAUGACCCUGAGACUGUUGAUCUGAUCCUGGAACUUCUUGAUCGCGACUGUAACGGACCUGUCGAUUUCAAUGAAUUCCUCCUGUUCAUUUUCAAGGUGGCUCAAGCUUGUUACUACGCUCUUGGCCAGGCUUCGGGGCUGGCUGAGAAAGGAGCCAAGGGUGAGGAAAAGGAGAACCUGUUACAAGAUCGCGGGCAAGAAGACCAAAGGGGAUUGGAGCCCCAGAGACGACUGGAAGAAGAGCGCAGGGAGAAGAGGAAGCUUGCUGAGGAAGAGGAGCAAAGAGAAAAUUUGCAAAAGGGACGUGAGCAGCAGCUGCAGAGGCGAGAACGGGAAGAGCGCCGUGGGAGGCAAGAGCAGCUGCGGAGGCCCAAGAGACGGGAGCCUGAGGAAUUUCCUGACCAAAAGCAAAGGCAGAAGCGGCAGGAGCAGCGGGAGAGACAGCGCCUGGAGGAGGAGCGGCGCGUACGCCAGGAAGAAGAGCUACUGCAAAGGCAGGAGCGGGGGAGGGAGCGCCCCGAGGAGAAACGACAGCGAAUGAGAGAACGUCAGGCACAGGGCGACAGGGCGCCUCAGGAGGAAGAGGAGCAGAUGCUGAAACUAGAGAGGCAGGAGCAGAGAGAAAGCCAGGAGCUGAAGAACACGCGACAGGAGGGAGAGCAGCAGCUGUUACGGCAGAGGCGCUGUCGCGAGGAGCGUGAGAAGCAAGAGCAGGAGCUGGCGGAGGAAUCGGAGCAGGAAGAGGCCGGCGAGCGGGCCGAAAGCCGCACCCCGAGGCGGCAGUGCCAGCCAGAAAGCAGAGCCGACGCCCGUCACGGUGAAGGCUACUCGAAGCUGGAGGCAGAGAGGAGGCGGCGCCAGGAGCGCGAGCUGCUGCUGCAGGAACCGGAGGACGACGCCCAGAGGCUGACCCGGCCUCUGCCCCUCCCGGGGGAGCGCGAGCAGCCCCCGAGUCGGGAGCAGCAGGCGCGUCUUAAGGAGGAGGAGAAAGAACAGCGCCGCAACCUCAAAUGGCAGUGGCAGGAGAAGGAAGAGAGCGAGAGGCACCGCCAGAGGCUAUGGGUCAGGCCCCCGUUGGUGCAGCAAAAGGAGCGUCGGCUGAGGGCGGAGAAGCGCCAGAAAUGGGAACAGCUGUUCGGCGAGGAAGGGGAGGAGCAGCGCCGCCAGCUAGUGCCGAGGGAGCUGGCGCAGCAGUUCCGCUUGGAAGACAGCCUGCACGAGGAUGGGAAGAGUCGACGAGAGGAGGAGCUGCGUCGCGACCAGAGAUGGAGGUGGCAACUAAAGGAGGAAAGCCAGAUACGCCGCCGCACGCCGUACGCCAAGCCAGCUCAACGCGAGCAGCUGAGGGAGGACGAGCAGCUGCAGAGCGAGGAACUCGCGAAGAGGCGCCAGGAGCGAGAGAGACAGUAUCUGCAGAACAAGGAGCUGCAGCGCGAGGAAGGGCAACUGCAGAGGGAGAGGCGGCGCGACUCGCAGGAGAGACGAGAUAGGGAGGAAGAGCAGCUGCAGCUAGAGGACCGCGAAAACGGGAGGCUGCAGGAGCCGGAGAGACAAUAUCGGGAAGAGCUGCAGCAGGACGAAGAGCGACUGCAGAGGGAGAGGAGGCACCAGCAGCAAGACAGGCAGUAUCUGGAGGAGGAGGCGCUGCAGCAGCUGGACAGGAGGCGACGGUUCCUAGAUGAGGAUCAGCGCCGCGGUCUGAAAUGCCAGUGGCAACCAGGAAAAGAAAAUGAAAUUCGUAGUAACAGAGUUUACCCCAAACGCAGAGAGAAUGAAGAAAAGAUCCGGCAUUUGGAAGAUUCCCGGGUGCGGGAGAGACCAUACCAGCAGGAUCGGUGGCCCCUGCAGGCUGACCAGGAAGAAGAGAGCGCGCGAGAGCAGUCGAGGAGCUGGCAGCAGCGCGAAACGCAAUUCCCAGCCGAAGUGCUGCAAGGAGAAGAGCGACCGGAAGCCAAAAGGCGAGACAGGAAGCUCCUAGAGGACGAGCAGCUACUGAGAGAGGAAAGGAAAGAGAGAAGACGACGUCAGGAAGAAGAUAGAAAGUUCCGUGAGGAGGUGCAGCUCCUGCAGGAAAGGGAAGAGCAACGACUGCGCCGCCAGAAUCGAGAUGGUGCCUUCUCCGAAGAUGAACAGUUGUGGCGCGUAGAACAAGAGGAAGAACAGAGGCGCCUGCGGCAGAGAGGCAGCAAGUUCCUUGAGGAAGAGCAGAGCCUCCCGCAGGAGCGAGAAGAAAAGCGACGCGGCAGGGAGCAGGACAGGGAGUUCUGCGAGGAAGAGGAGCUGCAGCAUGAGAAGGAAGAGCUGAGGCGCCGGCAGUACCCGACGAAGGAAAAGUUUGCCGGGGAAGAAAAGAGGCGUCGUCCGGAGCAAGAACUUCGGCAAGAAGAGCAGAGACGCAGCGAGGAGCUGGAGUGGAAAUUGCUGGAAGAAAAGCUCCGCCACCAAGAGCGCGACCGCCAGCAGAGCCGUGGCCAUGGCUGGGAGGAAGAAGACAAGGGCCAUAGGCACGUGCUGGAGCCCAGCAAGCGUCAGUUUGCCGGUGCCCCGGUGCGCCCGAGCCCACUGUACGAGUACAUCCAAGAGCAGACAUCUAAAUGCUGCCCUUAAGAGAUGCUGCCAAGACACCCGUCAAAGCUGAGAGCAAAGGAAAAUGAAAAACACUUGGUACCAAAUGACUCAAAUGUUUCUGGUUGUGGGAAUACUCUCUUAUGUUAGAAUGUCUUUUUCAUGUACCUUGUACUCCUGCCUUUUACUCUUCCUCAAGUAGUUCUUCACUGUGAGGUGUCUUAGGUGUUUGGUGCAGAUACGGUGUGCUUUUUUAAAAACAAAUCAUUUAAUUAGUUUGGGGAACAUGUUAAUUUGUUGCUUUCAAAGGUAAGAAUAUCACAAUUUGAAAUUCAAAAACAUUGGGUCUUUUUUUUAAUGGUUGGUCCAUCCUGUGGAGAGUUCUGGUAUUUUUAAUAUUGGCAUUUCUUCUUGGGUCUAAGUUACAUUGAUUUUUACUUCCAAAUAGCGUCUCAUCUUUUGUGGCAUAAUUAGCACAGGUUCUUCAGGGGAACUGAAAUUUUACAGCAACCCUUGAAUAGCUCAUGGGGAGUGACUUAUACAGAAAAACUCCCUGUGAAACCAGCCCAUAACUGGAAGAAUACCUGUUAAGAAUAAGGUUUAGCUUGAAGACUUGGAAUUUGAAUUAGACAUUUUUUACACUUAACUCUGUAAACACUUAAAAUCCCAUUAAACAAAAGCAAAGUGUUUCUCAACUACAGAGCUCAAAUUUUAAAACUAUGUCUGCUGUACUCUGUAGUGCUCAGUUCUCUUCCCCCAGUCUUCGAGUUUGAGAACAGUGCUACCUAUGUUAAUUUUAGCUGAGGGGGAACUUGCUCAGAAUCCUGUAAACAUCUCUUUUGCUUUAGGGAGUAAGAGAUUACAGAGAGCAUUUUUGGGCAGGGAAAGGGAAAAAUCUGGACAGAGGGACAAGUUCCUAGAGGCUUUUUGACGAGACCCGUUAGCCCACAAUCACUUGAGGCCUAUUGAUACUACCUUGGAGACAUUCUUGUUGAAAUAAUAGGACUGUGUGAAGUAUUAAUAAUAAAUGUUUGGCAAACAA